AUGGCAGUUACACAAUCACACCCUUCAAAAAUCAACCUUCCUGAGCGUUCACCUGGUUUCACAGUCUCAUCAAACGCUAGUGUCUCGCCACGCACACCACGCACGCCACCGCCUACGGCUACAAGGCUCCGUGGAUAUCCUUUAAGAAGGCGAGCAUCUUCAAUAUCAUCCCUUAGAUCGUCAGUAUCAGAGGCUAGCGUUGAGAGCUCCGAGCUCGAUUGGAGCACAAAUGAGGACGACAAUUUACACAGAAUCUGUGAUGAAUACGCUAAUGAAUCGACUCAUACCCCAUACGCUGAUUGUGCGCCGCCAAAUCAAUUGGUUCAUCAUUUGGCCAAGACGGCACGCAAAUCAAAGUUUGGACCUGAGAAUGAUCGCUGGAGGCACACUUUGAGAUCUACACGCCGUCGUAUCAAUAUGAUUAUGAGAGAGGACGCUCGACCCCUCUAUUCUCGCAUACAAUCCAAUCAGGGUCUAGUGAAGUCUAAAUCCACUCCGAGUAACAGCGGUAUGACAAGUCCCCAUCAAAGACUUAUCUAUCUUAAUGACAUUGAUGAUGAGAGAACACCGAGGAAGUUACUAGCAAAUAUCACCGCAGAAGCCUACUUCUCACCAGAUAAAUCUGGUCUAAGGCAAGCGCUAGGCAGCAUAUCUAUAGCUAGUUCAAUAAAAUCUGAGCAACCUAUACGUCGUUCAGCUAGACAUGCAGCAAUCAGUAGUAUAUCAUCAGAUGAAACCAUGAUUGAUUGUGCGCAGGAUAACAAUGACAAUAACAAAACACCUAAAGCUCAGCAUCGUAGAAAGUCAUCAAAUUCACCUUAUAAAAGUUUAGCCGCCGAGUGCACAAUUGACGAGGGUAGUAGGAUUGGGUUACGACCUCGUAAGCGUUAG